AUGAAUCUAGUGAAACCAUUCUUCUUCGUCUACGCUCCGAUACUCUACGCUACGAAAGGUGUGAUACUGGAGGACUUGUUACAGAAUGUCAACUUCAGUCCAACGUUACUGCGUGUUGUCCGUGUAUUCCGAAUAGGCCGCGUACUACGUUUGAUUAAGGCGGCAAAGGGUAUAAGGAAACUCAUAAAGGGGGAGGUGGGCAUUACUGAGGAUGAUUUUGAAAUGUUUUAUACUGUGUGGGAACGCUAUGAUCCUCUCGCCACACAGUUUAUCAAAUUUGAACAAUUGUCUCAUUUUGUAGCGGAUUUAGAACCGCCUUUAUGUAUUCCAAAGCCAAACGAAAUAGCACUUGUGUCGUUUGAUCUACCAAUAGUAGAAGGAGAUAAGUUACAUUGUCUUGACGUACUUAUGGCUCUUGUAAAGUACGUGCUCGGUAGUGUAGACGAAACACCGGAGUUUAAAGAACUUCAUCAACAAAUGGAAGUUCGAUUCCAAGAUGCUUUCCCAACACGUGUAAAUACAAAUCGUAAAACCACGACCAUGAUGCGGAAAAAGGAAGAUGUCGCUGCGAAAACAUUACAGCGCGCUUGGAGAAGUUGGAAAACACAGAAACAAAUGAAAAAUAUUGCAUCAUUGGCAAUACAACAACAAAAUCAAAAGAAAACUGGUCAAACUAAGGAGGCUCGUGGUAAAGCUAGCUCUAUACGUAAUCUUAGUGUACGUUUGUCGACAGCGUUAACGGGAUUUUUUGGCUCCUCUAGACCUUCCAGUGCUAUCAGUAGAGUAAGUGUGACAAGUAUCAAUGAAAAGAAGCAACAGUCUAAACCGAAGAGUGAUAAUAACUCUAAAAGAGCAAAAGCUCGAGACGCGCUUGAGAUGCCUAAAGUUUCUGUUUUAUACAGCCCCGAGAAAGAUGCUGAUAUAGUUUUGUGAUGAAACUACAUGUACGUAUAGUUUCUUAUUGAUUGUUUUUGUUACUUG